CCCUGCGGGCUCGGUAGCGCAUGCGCAGUGUCCGCGCGGCGGCGGGGCGGCCCUGGCUGUUGUUAUUGUGGGGCUGGUCUGCGCCGCGCCAAGAUGGCGGCCGGGCAGGGGGGCGGCGGCGGCGGCAACGGCGGCGGUAACAACAACAACGGCAAUGGAGCGGGGGGGCUGGCGAUCCCCGGGCACCUCACUCUGUCCUUCUCGGCGGGGCCGCACUGGGGAGCGGCCACUCUGCCGCAGCCGCACACGGUGCGCAGCCUGGACCGGGCCCUGGAGGAAGCGGGCAGCUCGGGCAUCCUCUGCCUUAGCGGGAGGAAGCUGCGCGACUUCCCCGGCAGCGGCUACGACCUCAGCGACACCACGCAAGCAGAUCUUUCAAAGAACAGAUUCACUGAAAUCCCUCCUGAUGUCUGGCUGUUUGCACCACUGGAAACUUUAAAUUUGUAUCACAACUGCAUCAAAUCCAUUCCAGAAUCUAUUAAAAACCUGCAAAUGCUUACCUACCUUAACAUUAGUCGAAAUCUUUUAUCAACGUUGCCAAAAUACCUGUUUGAUCUUCCCCUGAAAGUUCUGGUUGUCAGUAACAAUAAGCUGGUCUCCAUUCCAGAAGAAAUUGGGAAGUUGAGAGAUCUCAUGGAGUUGGAUAUUAGCUGCAAUGAGCUGCAGGUUCUUCCCCAGCAGAUAGGAAAACUGCAGUCACUUAGAGAAUUAAACAUAAGAAGAAAUAAUCUCCAUAUGUUGCCAGAUGAAUUAGGAGACCUUCCCUUGGUAAAGCUGGAUUUUUCCUGUAAUAAAAUUACAGAAAUCCCAAUUUGUUACAGAAAGUUACGGCACUUACAAGUUAUAGUUUUGGAUAACAAUCCAAUGCAGAUACCACCAGCACAGAUCUGUUUAAAGGGUAAAGUACAUAUAUUUAAAUUCCUCAGCAUUCAGGCGUGCCUCAGAAUAGAUAAAAAACCAGAUUCUUUGGAUCUUCCAUCGUUAGGUAAACGAAUCCCCUCCCAGCCACUGACAGACAGCAUGGAGGACUUUUAUCCCAAUAAAAAUCAUGGACCAGACUCUGGCAUCGGAAGCGAUAAUGGGGAUAAAAGGUUGUCCACAACAGAACCUUCGGAUGAUGAUACAAUCAGCCUCCACUCCCAGGUAUCGGAAUCAACGAGGGAACAGACAUUAAGGAAUGACAAUCAUGCAAUAGGAAGUAAACUCGAUCCGCAGAAAGACCAGGAGGUGUACGACUACAUUGAUCCCAACACCGAAGAGGGAGCUGUUCCUGAGCAAGGAGAUGUACACACUGGACCACUGCUGUCUUAUAUUAAGGAACGGGGAAAACAGCCUGAGAAAUCCCAGAAAAUAGAACAGAAUGAGGACUGGGGUGAUGAGAAAAGACUGCAGAAAGAACAGCUGCUGGCUGAAGAUGAUGAUGAACUCAAAGAAGUGACUGACUUGAGAAAAAUAGCAGCUCAGUUACUGCAGCAAGAACAAAAACACAGACGAAGGCCAUUAAGCUAUAGAACUUCAUUCAGUGAAAAGCUCUUCCAGAGGACAAGGGCGGCAGGACGUGCAUCAAGGCUUCUUAAUCAUUCAGUUUCAGUAAGCACAAGGAACAGGCCAAAGCAGCCAGUGGAAUCUGAGAAAUGUGUCACAACAGAUGAAGUGAAUUCCCCAGUGUCCCCAUACAGCUGGCAGCCCCUGGAAAACCAGAAGGAUCCAGUGGAUGAGCAGCACUGGCCAGAAACCCAGCCAGUGAUCUGGCAGAGUGAAGAGAGAAGGAGAAGUAAACAGAUCAGGAAAGAAUAUUUCAAGUAUAAGUCUUCCAGAAAGAGUUCAAGUGGAAAUGAAAAUGAUGAGCAAGACAGUGAUAAUACUAAUGUGUCCCCACAGUCUCCUGUGUCGUCUGAGGAUUAUGAAAGGACAGAUAGUAACACUCAUGGUCCAUUUGGUCUCAAACCAAGGUCAGCUUUCAGCCGUGCAUCGCGCCAGGACUAUGGAGCUGUGGAUCCUGGAUUCACAAUGAGGAGGAAAAUGGAACAUUUAAGGGAAGAAAGGGAACAAAUAAGACAGCUUCGCAAUAAUCUUGAAUCCAGGUUAAAAGUAAUUUUGCCAGAUGACAUUGGAGCAGCGUUGAUGGAUGGAGUAGUUCUUUGCCAUUUAGCCAAUCACAUAAGGCCACGUUCUGUUGCCAGCAUCCACGUACCAUCGCCAGCAGUGCCUAAGCUCAGUAUGGCAAAAUGCCGAAGAAACGUUGAGAACUUUCUUGAUGCUUGUAAAAAGCUGGGCGUAUCACAGGAGAGACUUUGCUUGCCUCAUCACAUCCUGGAGGAAAGGGGUCUGGUAAAGGUUGGCCUCACAGUUCAAGCUCUGCUUGAAUUGCCUGCGUUGAAAGUUCCUCAGCUUUCCUCCAUGUGACACAACUCCUUGGGAGCCAGACAACGUUCCAUCCAGUCUGCCUGCUUGGAUCCCUCUGAGGCAGUUCAGCUUCCUACACAGGAACACUCAAGCCAUCAAAAACUACUGUCCAUCCAGAUGCUGUAGAGAGCCUUACUUUGGAGUUGUAGGUGACAACCUUGGAGUCAGCUGGCAGUUAAAAGACCAUAAUUAUUCUUCUUUACUUUUGUAAUUGGAUGCACAAAGAGAUGUGGUAGCAUCCGGUUCUCUUCCUGGUUAAUUUAAGUUAAAAGCUGCCAUUUAACACCUCACAGUGUUACAGUUAAAUGCUGGAUUUCUUUUUCUCUCAUUGAAAAUGUUGUUUGAAUUCUUUUACAAGUACAAAGCACACCCCCUUCACUUUAAUCUUGCAAGGCAACCGUUUGAUUUCAAGGUAAGACAAAAAAUGUAGCACUGGUGUGAUGGCAGAAAUGCGAGCGGCUGAUCACUUGUAACCCACUUCCACUCCCUCAGAAAGCUUCAUCUUUGUGUUCCUUAUUUUUUGCACUCCUCAUUGUAACUUAGACACUUCUAACAUUGCCAGUAUUUAGUCUAAGUGUCUGGUGAUUACACAAAGCAGUAUCCAAUGGGAAAAGGACACAUUUUAUUGAGUUUAUUCCAGUCUUCUAGGUUGGUGCCAAAUACUUUUUUUCAGUUGUACUGUAGAUUGUUUACAUGUGAAGUGCCUGUGUAAUUGAGAACUCGGAAUAGUCGGAAACAUUUUUGCAAUUUCUUUGUUUAAAAUAGAUGAAAUGGAAAUUUUUAAAUAUUUUACUAGGUUUUUGUAAAAUCAGUACGUGAAGAUUUAAGUAAUGCUUCACACUUUUGAUGUUGGGUGUUUUUAAGUUUGUUGCACAAUUGAAUUGGUUAUUUUGUUGUCUAAUAAUUAGAAGAUACUGUAAAUACUUUUUAUUUAUGAUAUUUAAUUUGAUAAUACCUGAUCACUUUUGGGUUAAUGUAUUGUUGGACAAGAACAAGUUGUCUACUUUACUUUAGGACACACAGACGCACGCGGUGAGUAAGAGGUGAGGACUUGUGAUGCACACUGAGUAACUUAGGACAUUUUGAUAAAACUGCCAAAAUCUCAGGUUCCUGCUGUGACUUUCAGGAUUUUGUGUAAUGUUGCUCCUGAGCUUGUGUUACAUUUUUACAGCAGAUUUAUCCAUAGUUUAGUUGGGAAAUAUCAGUGUUUCUCUUUUUAGUGUUUACAGGAUUUAUUAUGUAACUUACACAAGUGUGGCCUAGCACACGGAUCGGUUGGUACAGAUGUCACUGUGCUGAAACAUUAGACCAGUAGACUUUUCUGGAUAAAUGGGGAAAAGAACACAUUCCACUGUGGUGGGUUUUUGAGGCUUCUCUAAGUGUAUCUAUUUGUUUGCUUCUGCACCAGGUCUCAGUGUUUUGAGCCCAUCCUGAAACCAUGCACAGUUGAGUUGUUCUCCAAAAGAGUUGCUCAUAAUUUAGUAAUAAAUCUGUGUGCGUUAGGCUGUUCUUCAUGAAUAGGUAGCUCCACUGAAAACUGCCACAGAGUUUCUGUUUCAGGCUAAGCUCAUUUUGAUGGAGGGAUACAUUUGCCAAGCAGGUAACAAGAUUUGAUUCUGUUCUUUCCAAUUAAUCCAGGCCCCAUCUAUUAUAAUUCAUAAAGGAACGAAGGAGAUGUAUUGUUUACUCUUCACUUAUUUACAGUCCUUAAAAUCAGUAAUUGAGAGGAAAAAAUAACCUUCUGCUGACGAGAUUUUGUUUACAAGAUAGAUUCUUUUUAAACCCCUUGAAACAAGCUGAUAGAUGUGUAAUAGUUAAAACCCACUGUUGUUUAGAUGGUUUCUUACAGUGCGGCUCCUGGAGAGGCUGGUGUAAAACAACAAACCCCUCAAAAGAAAUCGUAGGUUACAGGAAUACUUGUUUAAGGAAACUGGAUUGCUUUGACCUUUGAAAUGUGGGAUUUCAAACCUCUUUAAUUGGUUUGUAAAUCAUAGACGUUAGCCUCAUUUUAACACCUUCAGUCCCUGUUCCUCGCUAAAGGCACUUACCUGGAAAGUCACACUGAGACUCGAAUAAGUAAUAUAAUUCAUUAAGCCAAAUGCUUGUCUGCUGCUUUUGAAGAACACAGCCAUUCAAAAGAAUAAGUCACUGUCUUUCAGUUCCUUGCUGUGGUAUUGACAACAGCCACCACGUUCUCUUUCAGUACAUUAGCCAUAGAAUGGCUAACUAUAAAUGGUCACUUUCAGUUAACCUGCCUUAAACUGAUCUAUUUCUUUGUAUAUUUUAAUGUUUUUUUGAUCUUAAAGUAACUUUUUUUUUUCCCUGCUCAAACUAAAUUGAUAAAGUUCCAUCUCAGUGUAAACAUUAAGAAUCCCCUUGAUGUCAUGUGCCAGAUGCUGACCAGUUUGGUCUUGGGUUGUGGGGUUUUUUAAGCUUGGCUUAUUUCCUAGGUAACUUGAAAACUGGAUGUGAAAUUAAUGGAUUUACUUUGAAUUGUACCUCUGAAGCUGAAAACUACUAAACUUUUUCUUCAGUACUCUGGGGUUCUUCCCACAAAUUAGUGGCAGUCUCACUUUGCCAUUCCAUGGAAAUUAGGAUGGCCUUCUUCAUGCUUACAGGGAAGGAUAAUCAUGAUUCUUCCAAGGCUUCCUUUUUAGCAUGACAAAGAUGAAGGCCUUCAAGUAUCUUUCAGAGCAAUGUUGAGAAAAGGUCCACUGUGCCUGGACAAGUCUUUUCUCUGCUUCCUUUAGCUACUGUUACAAUUAAUAGUCUAAAGCCUUGCAGAAAUUGGCUGUUCCCAUUGUGAUUUUUAGGAGCAACUGUGAAAAAAGAUGCUUAAGUUUUGUAAUACAAGUUUGUUGGUGUCUUUCCUGUACAAGAAUUUGCCCUUUUCUCCCUUUCCAUUUGAUUCCCAGCAUCUUCUCAGUUCCUUUUGUUUGUUCACAGAUCUAGUGACUUCACAUUGGUCAUUAAAACAUGCUCCUCCUUUCUCUUGACUCUAAGAAACUUCUCCAGUGUCAUUGGUGAGCUACUGUGAUUCCAGAAUCCCUGCUCCAAACAGUUAGUAUGUUUGAGAUAUCCUUUUCCCAUUCUGUUUGGGAUGCAGUGGCAUUAAUGAAUACUUGGUACAGCUGAUGGGAUGGUUAAGAAGAGAGGCCUGCCCCCCUUCCUUUUGUAGUUACUCAGUUUUUACUUGGGAUGUAAAGAGAAGUCACGAUGAAAAACUUCAGGAAGCUGCAUUAAGUUUUCCUAAUAAACUUAAGAGGUAACUAGGGUGCUUUCUUAUUGUGAAUGCUGUACAAAGUUGCUGCAGUUGUGUGGUCUGAACUAUAAAUUACAGAGUGAAUCAACAUACUGACAGGGCCCCUGGCCUUGUGUAU